AUGAACAAUUUUUCACUCCUCUGUUUGGUUUGCAUUGCCGUCGGUGUCGCCGUCAAUGCCAAAGUGUUGCCGGCAAAUACUAGCAAUGUGAUGGCCAUCAAUCAACACGGCGACAUGGUCUGGGCCGAUGAGGUGAGCGGCUUGCCGGACAAAUGCGACUUUAGCUGCACCGACCAGGAUGUGCCCAUCUGCGCCAACAAUGGCCAGUGCCUGCAAAAGUUCAGCAGCAAUUGCGCCAUGUCCGCCUACAACUGCCGCCAUCCACAGAAGCGUUUCAACGUCAUCGAGAACUGGCGCUGUGAGGAGUCCUGGGCUCCACUCUGUGGUGUUGAGGACCGCAAGGAAUUGAACCUGUAA